AUGGGGGAUCUGUCCGUAACGCGUUGUAAAUGUGUCGAUGCCAACGAAGAAGUCACACUCAACAUUGUCAUUGGAACAAGAACAAGGCUAAAUCCACCUCUACCCAAAGAAUACUGGGGAAAUGCAGUUAUUUUCAAGCCAAUUCAGACAAAAGCAAAGGAAUUGCUAGAAAAUGGACUUGGAUUUGCAGCAUUACAAAUCAACAAAAUUGUUGCUUCACAAAACUACGAAGAAGUGAUUGAUUUAUACAAAGGGUGGGUUGAAAAACCCGUUAUAGUUAAGUUAAAUUCAGUUUUCGUGGCUAAUAGAUUAACGAUUAGUAGUUCUCCAAGGUUUAGCAUUUAUAGUUGUGAUUUUGGUUGGGGAAAACCCGUGGCGGUGAGAAGUGGAAUGGAAAAUAAAGGAGAUGGGAAAGUUAAAUUAUUUCCUGGGGUUGAAGAAGGAAGCGUAGAUAUUGAAGUAUGUCUUAUGCCUUCGACGUUGUUAGCAAUGGAGAAUGAUGAAGAAUUCAUGAAAUUUGUUAUUGUUUAG